AUGUCCAUUCGUGCGGUGUGUUGGCUUCAAUCGAAGCUCGGUCUCGACAUUGGCGGCCGUAGCUCCGGCGACGAUGGAGGUGGCACCCUUGGCAGCGGUGAGCUGGCCGGCUUCUCCACGACGCAGAACCGCAGCUACAGCACAGACCCUGUUGCGACCGUAAACGGCAACCCUGAGCCUAGCCAGAGCGGCCAUGGGAUUGGCAGCGCCGCCGGCACAUUUUCCGGUCUGGCCAACGGAUGGGAGUCAAAGCUGGGCCAGGUGUGGAGGCAGGCUAGUGACAAGGCGACGCAGUACUGGAACACCAACAUGCGCCGUCGGGGGAGCAAAGACCCAUUCGGCUUUGGACCGGCGGGGGCGCAAGGCGACUUUGGCGGCAACACCGCGGCGGGUGACAACCCCGAGCUAGACGAAAACGGUCUUCCAGUGACUCGAAACUGGUACUACUACGACGCACAGCUUGGCCGCUGGACUGUGUCGCGUGAUGCCCCGGAGAGUGUGCAGCGGGAGUACUACGAAAAACUCGAGGAGGCGGAGCGGGAGCGGCUGGGACAGAAAAAGGUGGCGCCGCCACCGCCGACCGCCAUUGCUGGAGGGCCGCCACCACUUCUCGGGGGAGCCGGUGGUGGUCGCGGCAGCCAAUGUCCACACUACGCGAUCCCGGACUACUUCGGUAACCCGGGAGCAACCCCAGCGGCACCGCCGCAGCAGGCGCAGCCCUACGGCGUCUACGGCGGCGCCCCUCCGCAACACGCCCAAUCAACCGCUCCCGGAGUGUCUUCUCCGUCGACAGCGAUAAGCACUCACCCUGGCGCCUACUACCCGCCUACCCCGCCGAUCUCCAGCACAACGGCUUCGGCGACCAUGCAGGCUACAACAUACAGGCAGCCACUGCCAGCCCACUCACAGGCGGCCCCUCCGCCGCCGCCUACGCAGGCAUACUUGCCAGCGAUGCCUCCCAUAUCUGGCCCGACCUACCCCAUCGCCGGAGGUGCGUAUCCCGCCGCCUCCGCUUCACCGACGUUUAACACGCACGCAUUGUCAUCGCAACCGCCGUCGCACAUGGCCGCGUCGGAGCUGGCAAAGACCGGGACGACAGUCUCCUCUCCACCACCGCCUAUCCUGGCCUCGGCGAUGCCGUCACACCCACUCUCGCAGCCGCACGUCUAUUCGUCCCCGGCGCACAACGGCAUGUCCACAUCUCCGCCAGCUCCCGUACUGUCGCAGCACUACACGUUACCGCCUCUGCAGUCGCAGGCGCCGGAGCACGACCGCUCUGCCUUGGGCACCAGCGGCGCAGGUGUGCCUUCUCUGUCCUUUGCGCACGCAAGCGUGCCUGCUCCUGCACCAUGCGCAAGCGCUGCGCCAGACGCAUACCCGUACGGCGGUGGCAGCGUCAGCAACAGCGUUCAGGAUUCAACUACAGCCGUUUCGAGCGUCAGCAUCCAAGCCCCUCCCCAGACAUCCUUCGGCCUGAAAGCCGCUGUACAUGCGCAGCAGCCUCCGCCACCGACAAGCAACCCUUACGCCUAUCCGGCACCAGUGACUACAACAGCGACCGCCCAGGCGUUUGCGCCUGCUCCCGCCGCACCAGUGCAGCCUCAACAUCUCAAGGAGGAGGCGAACGGCUACGGUAGGCCCCCCUCUGCCCCCUCACUGGGCACCUUCCAGACCACCGGCGCUGAGGCAGCGCGACCGAGCGCGCUCGGAUUGCCGCCGCCGCCAUCCUUCAAGCCGUUUUUUCCGUCGUGA